UCCGGUGCACUGUGGGAUGGAAACCCGAGCGGCGCGUACGGGCCAGGGCGGGCGGCGGCUUCGGGGCGAGAGCGGCGGGGACGCGGGGCUUCGGCUCGGCGGGCCGGCGGGGCGCCGCCAUGAACGCGGCGGUGGUGAGGCGGACGCAGGAGGCCCUGGGGAAGGUGAUUCGGAGGCCGCCGCUGACGGAGAAGCUGCUGAACAAGCCCCCGUUCCGCUACCUGCACGACAUCAUCACGGAGGUGAUUCGGACGACGGGCUUCCUGAAGGGCUUGUACACGGAAGUGGAGAUGAAGUCGGAGAACGUGAAGGACAAAGACGCGAAGAUCGGCUUCCUGCAGAAGGCCAUAGACGUGGUGGUCCUGGUCUCCGGCGAGCCGCUGUCGGUGAAGCCGGCGCGCAUCGUGGCGGGGCACGAGCCCGAGAGGACCAACGAGCUGCUGCAGAGAAUCGGAAGGUGCUGCCUCGGCCAGCUGUCCAGUGACGACGCGGUGAAGAGAGUGCUGGCCGGAGAGAAGGGGGACUCCAGGGGCCGGGCCGCCCUGACGUCGAAACCCCAGGAGUCGGAGGACAGGAACGCGAGGGUCGAGGAGCCCAGGGUCCCCGGCGAGAAGGAGGGGAGAGGAGCCUCUGAGUCCAACGAGGGGAGCCCCGGCAGGGACCGCAAGCAGAGGGAGCUGCAGGAGGACAGCAAACCGAGGGAGAAGGACAGGGACAAGGAGAAGACGCGGGACGACGACCGCGAGCGCCAUCGGGACCCCGAGAGGGACAGGGGCCGGGAGGGCGAGAGAGAGCGGGCCAGGGCCCGCGCCAGGCCCGACAGGGACAAGGACAGAGGCCCCAGGGACCGGGACUCGGACCGCGAGAGAGAGCGGAGGAGCGAGGGCGGCCGAGAGAAGGAGCGCUGGAGGGACCGGGAGAAGGAGCGCGAGCGCGACAAGGGCCGGGACCGGGAGCGGGAGCGGGACCGGCGGAGGGCGAAGGCCGGGGAGCGCGCCCGGGACCCCGGCAGGGACCGGCACCGGGAGCAGGACAAACCGGACAAGAAGUCGUCGAGCUCCGGGGAGGUGUCUAAGAAGCUGUCAGAUGGACCGUUCAAAGACUCCAAAGCUGAAGCCGAGACAGAGGCCUCCCCCAGAGGGCCCGGGCCCGUGGCGGCGAAGACCUCCAGGCGGCGCUCCAGAACCUCGGGGGAAGGACCCAAGGAGGCCGCUGCCAGCUCCGCUCGCAUUGCCGACGGCAGCGCCGCCGGCCUGUGGCGGGACCGCCCCGAGCCAGAACCGGCAGCGAAGCAGAAAGGCGACUCCCCGAGCAACGCAGAAGGACACGUGGGACCCGCCAGUCAGGACAAGCCCCAGGGGCCCGAAGAUUCCGAGGUCCCCGCCGACCUCCCGCCCGACGCCAGAAGGCUCCCGCGGCCCGGGAGCGCCAGGCCGGCGCCGCCCCGGGUGAAGCGGCAGGACAGCGCGGAGGUGUUGGCGGCCGACAGGACCGGGAGCGGUAAGGCCGUGUCCAGCGUGAUCGUGGACGCCCAGCACUCGGACGACGAGGACGACCAGUUCGUGGUGGAGGCGGCACCCCAGCUGCCCGAGGCGCCGGAGCGCGAAGGGGCGCAAGCCGUGGAGCUGGGCGAGGACGAGAGGCACGGAGGACUGGUCACAAAGAUUCUGGAGACCAAGAAGGAUUACGAGAAGCUGCGGCUGCCCCCCAGACCUGGGGAGAAGGAUAAGUCGCUUGUCUUCGAAUCAGCGUGGAAGAAGGAGAAGGACAUCGUCUCCAAGGAGAUAGAGAAGCUGCGCGUGUCCAUCCAGACCCUGUGCAAGAGCGCGCUUCCGCUGGGCAAGAUCAUGGACUACCUGCAGGAGGACGUGGACACCAUGCAGAACGAGCUGCAGCUGUGGCGCAGCGAGAGCCGGCAGCACGCGCAGGCCCUGCGCCGGGAGCAGAGCAUCACGGACGGCGCCGUGGAGCCCCUGCGGGCGGAGCUGGCGGAGCUGGAGCAGCUGAUCCGGGACCAGCAGGACAGGAUCUGUGCCGUGAAGGCCACCAUUCUGAAGAACGAGGAGAAAAUCCAGAAAAUGGUGUACGGUCUCAAUUUGAGUUCGAGACGGUGAACCUCUGUGGUCUCAGCGAUUCAGAGUCUGAAAAUAAAAAGGACGAUGGAGCAGCAUCGCUCUCUAAGUUCAGUUUGCAAAGGAAACGAACGGUUAACAGUGUCGUCUAGCCGGCGUCCCGCGCGGCGGGAAAGCCGUGGGCGCGCUCAGUGCGUGGAGAGUCCUCCGGCGGGCGGGCUCGCUGCUGAACGCCUGGGUGGGGUCUCCUCGCGGCCCAUCCUGCGUGUCCCCGGGAGCCUGUCCUGUCCAGUCCCUUCCAGAACCCUGGAGCCCCGCGCGAGGAUGACUGCCCCUGGAGGCACCUCGCCCCGGGGAGCGCAGCCCGGGCAGGAGAGGGUUCUGGUUUUAGGUCACCUGCACUGGGAAGGGGUCGCUGCGGCCUGUGUCGCCCAGAGGUGCACGGGGGCGGUGUGUCAGCCCCGUAGCUGUGCGGCCCUCUUCACGUGAUUUUCCCAGCAGUCCCCGCUGUCGGCGGCUGGUGUUUCUCGUCCUUCAAGUUCCCGAGUUUAAGGAGGUUCUGUGCAGCCCUCACGGCAUGGCCCGGAUGUGAGCUCGUGCCCAGCUGCCCUGGCUUUGUUCGGCGUCUGCCUGGCGCCCCGGGCGGGUGCUCCUGAGGCUCCAGGGGCCCUGCCCUCCCCGCCGGGCCGGCCCUCCGCUUCCCAGCGAUGCGCGCGUGUGCACCUGCCCGGCAGGCGGUCCAGGGGCGUCUGGGGAAGGGAGGCCCCGAUUCACGACAGUGUGUGAUGUUGCCAUUUGGGGAAGGAAAUUAUUUUUUAAAAGAAAGGGUUUUUUUUUUUUAAAAAAAAACAUGGUUUGUAUUCAGUUUUUCACAUACACACAGCACUCCAUACUCAAGUUUCAGGCACGUGCAUAAAGGGUUCCGCUGUUGGAGACACACCUGCCGGUGUGCACACUUGACCCUCUGGACAGGGUGUCUGCUACGUAGCCAGCGGGCGCCGCGCACGGCGUCAGGGCUGCCCGCGGGAACCGUGUCGCCGUGAGGGUCCGCACGCCCAGCACAGCUGAGCUUUCCUUAGUGCGGUUUCCACGGUGAUCUUUCACCCAGGUAGUGACAUGCUUUUCUAAGCCAAGUACAAGAGUAGAUGACUAAGAUCUACCAUUUAGAAACACCGAUCUUUUUCUCCUCUCUAAAAUUUGUUUGAUCAGAUUACACUGAAUCCCUUAUUGGAGGGAGGGAGGUGUUUUGGUUAACUGGUCCUUCGCUUACUUGUGAUCUGUUUCCUACCGAAUCGAAUGGCUCAGCCACGACCCACAUGGCGCUGCUCUGCUUCAGGCUAACGUGCCUGCCCUUUACGGAUUUGUACACGUGGCUAGGAGUUUUGCAUUGCAAAAAUUACAUACGUUGUAUGUGGGUAAAAUUUUGUAUGAAGUAGCCUAUCAAAUUGUAUCAUAAAGUUUAUUUUUUCUUUUAUACAUAAAUCAUUAAAAAUAAUCACAUAUUUUUUCUAUGAGUGUACGGGUUGUGCAAUUCAGUUCACACCUGGAAGAAAUCUGUAAGCAUUUGGGUUUUUUAAUUUUUGAAUGUGCAUUUUGUUUUUCCUCCAAAGGAGGUUCAGGGAAGGGACGCUUGUCCCUUUUCCGUAUCAACGGGAGCUUUCUGAGACAGGUAAGCAUUUGUCAAACCGUCAGGCUGUCCGUAGAGUCGUGGAGAGUCUCUGAGUGUGAUUACAAAUAAAUCACAUCUGAGCUAUUUAUUAUGUUGAUAAAAUACACAGAUGCGAUAUGAAAUGUUUUCUCUACUUUGGUUUCUAAGUUUUCAGGAAGUGCUGGAGUCAUCAGAAAUUUCAGUUUAAAAGUUGAGCUGACACUAACAUAUUCAAAGGAAAUAAGUAAACCUUUGGAACAACUUAUUCAAGACUAAAAAAAAAUGAAGCUUU